AUGGAUUUCCGCCGGCUGCAUCCACUAUUGAGACUUCCAGCUAGACCACUUUUGAGCUUUUGCCGAGGGGUCAACAUCUAUGAUGACGAAAUGGAUCAAAUAGCACGGCCCGAUUGGCAUCUCAUAAUGGAUGGCAAGUAUAAUAAGGGUCUUGCGUUCACCAUCAAGGAGCGGCAGCGUCUGGGCAUAAUGGGGCUAAUGCCCUGCUCCGUGCGCUCCAUUGAGGAUCAGAUGGAGGCGGCCAGGACGAACUUCGAGGCCAGACCCUCGGACAUCAGCCGGUUCACCUACCUGAGUGCCGUCCACCAUCGCCACAGACGACUGUACUAUAGGUUUAUAAGGGAGAACAUAGAGAAGGUGCUGCCCAUUGUCUACACGCCCACGGUGGGUGAUGUGGUGGCCACCUAUGGACUGAACUUCCAGCAUGCCACCAGCCUGUUCAUCAGCAUCCACGACAAAGGCCACAUCCGGGAUCUGAUGCACAAUUGGAUUGACAACGGAGUGAGGGCCAUUUGUGUGACGGACGGAGGCAGGGUGCUGGGCCUUGGCGAUAUGGGAGCCAAUGCCAUGGGCAUUAGUUUGGGCAAGAUGAUCCUGUACACGGCACUGGGUGGCCUGCCGCCCAGCACUCUGAUGCCAGUUUGCCUGGACGUGGGCACCGAUAAUCAGGCCCUGCUGCAGGAUCCCCUCUACGUGGGCGCACGUAUUCCGAGGGUCAAAGGGCCUGAGUACGAGGAACUGGUGGAGGAGUUCAUGCAGGCGGCGGUCAAGUGCUUUGGGCACACUGUCUUCAUCCACUUCGAGGACUUUGCCACGCCGAACGCCCUGAAGUUCCUGGAUCAAUAUCAGUACAAGUACUGUUGCUUCAACGAUGACAUCCAGGGUACCGGGGCCACUGGACUGGCUGGAUUUAUUAAUGUGGAAAAGAUCACGGGCCUCAAGUUGGAGGACACGGUGUUCCUUUUCGUGGGCGCUGGAAGUGCGGCCCUGGGCAUCGCCAAUAUGCUGGCCAUUGAGCUGGAGGAGCGUGGCAUUUCCUACGAGGAUGCCACCAAAAAUGUCUAUAUCAUUGAUGCCAAUGGCCUGCUAACCUGCGAGAGCCCGAAUCCGCCGGAGCAGGCCAAAAGAUUUGUUAAGCCCAUGGAGCCCAUGAAGGACCUGCUUGCGGUGGUGGAGAAACUGAAGCCCUCGGUCUUGCUUGGAGCCACUGGCAUAGGUGGACUCUUCAAUGAGCAGGUCCUGAAGGCCAUGGCCAAAAAUCAUAAGCGUCCAGCUGUUUUUGCCCUCUCGAAUCCCACCACCAACUCGGAAUGCACCGCCGAACAGGCCUUUACUCACACUGAGGGUCGGGUGCUCUUCGGUUCCGGAUCGCCCUUUCCGCCGGUGGUGAUCGAUGGCAAAAGGUAUAAGCCCGCCCAGGCCAACAACUGUCUGAUUUUUCCGGGCAUCGCACUGGCCGCCAUCACUGCCAAGGCCCGAUAUCUGCCCAACUCGGUGUUCUCCGUGGUGGCGCACGAGCUGGCCAGGAACACCACCCAGGAGCAACUGGAUGCUGCCACCCUGUUCCCGCCCAUCAAGGAUGCCAGUAAGGUGGCCUUUAACGUGGGGGUGGCCAUGGCUCAGUAUCUGUUUGAUAAUGAUCUUUCGAAUAUCUACCCCAAGCCCGAGGACGUUUGUGAGUUUGUGAAGAAGUCCCUGUACACGUUUGAGUACCAGAACUCGCUGCCAACGACCUGGGCUUAUCCCGAACAACCGCCAACACCGCCAACGCCGCCGGCGAAUCCUCGACCCAAAACCGAUGCCCAGGAGGAGAAGAACAAGGGGUAAUCUUGGCCGGGAUUUUCGCCUAGGAACUACUGACCUGCUUUGGAGUGGUGAAUGAAAACCUCGGGUAAUUAGUUGGAAAUGGAAGAAGUCCCAGGACUAAGCACACAUACACUGCAAACACACACACACAAGCUGGCACGAUAAAUGCCCGACAUUUUAACGUUAUUAUUGUCCUGUCAACGGGAAGCCAGUUGACAUGCUCGUCGUCGUGCGGCUGUGUGUGCGAGUAUCCUGCUGAUUUGCAUAUAAAAUAGGACGAAAUGUCUGCUCACCAAAAA